CCCCAAUAUUCUAAUCCCAAUCUCAAAGCCUCUCCUCUUUUCUCAACUCUCAGAGCCAAACAACAAAAGUUUAAGUUUAGAAGAACAGCAGGGGCAGAAAAACAAAAGGGGAGCAGAAAGCACAAACCCCCAACUGAUCUCAGAUUCAGAAAAUACACAACUCCAAAUACCCACUGCCCAAAAUCACCUUUUCAAGGUUUUUGAUUCUUCCCCAAUCCCCAAUGACCCACUGAAGUUUACAGGUGAGAAAACCCAUUAAAAAAGCUUCUUGCUUUUUACAUAUCUCUUCUUGAGCAGCCAAGGGGUUCUUCUGCUUUUCUUCUUAUUCUUCUCUUUGCCGUUUCCCUUAUUCAGGUUCGAGGAGCAGUUGUUGGAACUUUUUGGCCUGGUGACUAGGAAACUGGUCUGAUUGUAUCAUUAGUCUGCAAAGUUGGAUGGAAUAAUUGUGCUGAGCAGAAGUUGGCACAGUUUUAAAAGAUUUCAACAUUAGUUAGAACAUCCACUUUUCUAAGUUGAUUUUUUUAUAGCUGGGAUGGGCUGCGAGUGUUCAAAGCUCUCCUCAUGCUGUUGGAAUUCAGAAUACAAUCAAAAAGUUCCGGAGGACCACAAAGAAGAAAAUGAGGAGAAGGGUGAAGCUGAUGACCUCCCUGCAUUUCGCGAAUACUCCAUCGACACAAUCAGGAUGGCAACUUCUGGUUUUGCAGUGGAGAAUAUAGUUUCUGAACACGGAGAGAAGGCUCCUAAUGUUGUAUAUAAGGGAAAGCUUGAUAAUCAGAGGAGGAUUGCGGUCAAACGCUUCAACAGAUCGGCUUGGCCUGAUUCCAGGCAGUUUUUGGAUGAAGCAAGAUCAGUAGGGCAGCUCCGAAGUCAUAGGCUGGUUAACUUACUCGGUUGUUGCUGUGAGGGAGAAGAGAGGCUUCUUGUUGCUGAAUUUAUGCCGAAUGAUACCUUAGCAAAGCACCUAUUUCAUUGGGAAACACAACCUAUGAAAUGGGCAAUGCGACUUAGAGUGGCUUUUUAUUUAGCUCAGGCCCUGGAAUAUUGUACAAGCAAAGGUCGUGCUCUGUAUCAUGAUCUGAAUGCUUACAGAAUUGUUUUUGAUGAUGAAGCAAAUCCUCGACUUUCGAGCUUUGGUAUGAUGAAGAACAGCAGAGACGGAAAAAGUUACAGUACAAACUUGGCAUUCACUCCUCCUGAGUAUCUAAGAACAGGUAGAGUAACACCAGAAAGUGUGAUGUAUAGCUUUGGGACCCUUUUGCUUGACCUUCUCAGUGGAAAACAUAUUCCUCCUAGCCAUGCGCUGGACUUAAUACGAGACCGGAACAUUCAAAUGCUGACAGAUUCCUGUUUGGAAGGGCAAUUCACCAAUGACGAUGGAACUGAGUUGGUGAGGUUAGCUUCUCGGUGUCUACAAUUUGAGCCCCGAGAGCGGCCAAAUCCCAAGUCAUUGGUUACUGCUUUGAUUCCUCUUCAGAAGGAAACUGAUGUUCCUUCACAUGUAUUGAUGGGUGUACCGGAUGUUGCUGCAGCCAUACCUCUAUCACCCCUUGGCGAGGCUUGCUUAAGGAAUGAUAUGACUGCGAUACAUGAGAUCUUAGAAAAGUUAGGGUAUAAAGACGACGAAGGUGCUGCCACCGAGCUCUCGUUCCAGAUGUGGACCAACCAAAUGCAGGAUACACUAAAUUCAAAGAAAAAGGGUGAUGUCGCUUUUCGACACAAGGAAUUCAAAGCUGCCAUUGAAUGCUAUACCCAGUUCAUAGAAGUCGGGACAAUGAUCUCACCAACGGUGUAUGCACGAAGAAGCUUGUCUUACCUAAUGAGUGACAUGCCACAGGAAGCCCUGAAUGAUGCAAUACAAGCCCAGGUGAUAUCCCCUGUCUGGCAUUUUGCAUCUUACUUGCAAGCUGGUGCUCUUUUUGCCCUGGGAAGAGAGGUUGAAGCACAAUCCGCUCUGAAAGAAGGAUCAGCUCUUGAAAGUAAAAAGACUCCAAACUCAUAAUCAAUCAAUCCAGCAGAAGGGGGAAAAAAUCCUAAAUUCGGUAUGUUUGGCUGAGAGAUCACAACACCAUUGUCAGAGAGCACAGGCAUAAUUUACCACCAAGGGCAGGUUGGUCCAAAAACCUGUCCUUUGAUUACUUUUCACCUUGUUAACCUCACAUCGAAACGAUGGAGUUGCACUCUUGAAUCAUCUGCAUAUAGUUGGUUGCUUUGGUUCGAAUGUUAUCAAAAUGAAGAGAAUUCUUUCAUCAGAGAUUGGGGUUGCGGUGGGUUUAUAUCAGUCAGUUUAUCUUCUACGCUAGAUUUGGAAAUGUGAAGAUGGUCUGCCUUGCCCUGGAUGCUCCAAGACUGUUUCUUUUUCCUGACCUUUUUGUUUCUGUUCCUUUACAUUUGCAAGAAUCCCAGGAGGGAAAAAUAAUUUAAUUGGAAGACAUUCUUGGACAGGAGCACAUGUUUGUAGAGGUUUUGUUUUUGUCUUGGCACUUUGUAUUUUGCCUGAAGAUGAUGUUUCUUCUAGAUGGUGAAUACAACAGGAUGGUGGUUUCUUUGAGAGAUUCAAAACCCUUUUGUAAUUCUUAUGUACAGUGCUAUUAUUGGUUUUGUGGUUUAGUUUCAGUUGAUCAUAUCAGCUCCUGUUUGCUUCCA